GAUGUAGUUAAGGGAAGUAGAUGAAAAUGAUGAAGAAGAAACAUGUUUCCUCUGUUUUACUAUAAGUAAAAAGAAUAAACAAAACAGAAGCUAAUAAACAUAAUCAAAUGACAAAAUGAGUAUGCAGCAUUUAUCCUAUGAUCAUCAUAUUACUGAAUCUGGAAGAUAAAUAAUGCAAGAUUCAAAUUUCAAAGUGGCUGAGUCAGUUUUGAAGAUCUAGGACUAUCCAAAAAAUAAAUUAUUUUUCUUAAGGAAUAAGGCUAGUAAAGAAGAAAUAAUAGCUAAAAUUACUGAAAAGAGAUUUAAUAUUAAUGAUUUGUCUGGCUCUACUAUAGGAUUAGAUUCUCCAAAAUCAGCUAUAUAGGAACAAUUAUCAUAAAUAGAAUACACUCCUGAUCAUGUUGCCAGAUAUAUAGCAAAAAGACUUAAGGAAUUUGUUAUUAUCACUGAUUUAGGUUGUGGAGUUGGAGGUAAUACAGUUUAACUGGCUAAAGAAUGUUAAUAUGUAAUAGGAGUAGAAAUAGAAAGUAAAUUGAUUGAAUUGGCAUAGAAGAAUUGUUAACACAAAAGAGUGAAUGUAGAUUUAAUUAAUGCAGAUAUUUUUACAUUGAAUAACUUAAAAACUGAUGUAAUUUUUGUUAAUCCAAGCUUAAAUACAGAUGUUAAUCAACAUAAAGAUUUAUUAAAAAGCUGCAAUCCUGAUAUAAACAAAAUAUUAUUGAAUCAUUAAAAAAAUACAAAAAACUUUGUUUUUCAAUUACCUCCAUAAAUUGAUAUUUCUUAAUUGCCUUUAUUGCUAAAUAUUAAUUCUUAAUUUGCUUAUUUUAGAUAAAAUUGUCCUUCGUUUUGUAGUAUAGAAAUUGAAUAGAUCAUUCUAAAUCAAUAAAUUGAAUAUAUAGUAGUAUAUUGUGGAGAUGUGUCUGAUGUAUUUAUUGAUAAUCUAAACUUAUUUAGAUUAAAUUAUCAGAGAUAAUUAAAUUUCUAACUAAAUAGUUUCGUAAAGUUUAACGUGAUUUCAAUUCAAUCCAGAAAUAACAUUUAUUUUGGUUAUUUGAAUUGAUAAAUAGAAAUAUUGGAAUUCAAAAUCUUACUUAUAGAACAGUAGAAGCAAUAAAGUAAAAAAAAUCAAUAGAAAAUUUUUGUAAAUUUAUUUAACAAUAAUUUUAAAUUCAUUAAGAUCUUUACUAAACCUAUAUUAAUCAGUAAGUUUUUAUAUAACUUAAGCGAUAAAAAUGAAAAAGAUGAUAUAUAUUCUGCAUCAAAAUAGGAUAUUGAUCAAUAAGAUAUAGAUAAUAUGAGUCCUAGUAAUUUCUCAUAUAAAUAAAUUGAAGUUGCUCAUAUGAACUAUUCCUAUACUAAUGAAAAUGUGUUUGAAGUAUUUGAGGAUGAAGAAAUUGAAGGUCAUAAUUCAUUUGUAAUGAAUGUUAAACAUUGA